AUGUCACGCGGUCUGGUGCUCCUUACCGGUGGCUCAGGCUUCAUCGGCUUCGCCGUGCUCGUAGAAGCCCUCAGCAAAGGCUACAACGUACGAGCAGUUGUUCGCUCGCAAGAAAAAGCCAAAGCCAUCACCGCCGCCAACGAGUUGCAACCAUUCCUCCCGAGCCUCUCAUUCAUCAUCGUCCCCAACUUCCUCGCGCCAGGAGCCUUCGACAAAGCCCUCGAAGACGUCGAGUAUGUCAUCCACGUCGCUGCGGGUCUCCCCGCGCCGGACAUCGACUACACCGACGGCGCGCAAGUCCACCGCCGCCUCAUUGAACCCAACUGCAUCGCGCUCCAGCUCUUCCUCGACGCUGCAAAGGCCCAGCCCAGCAUCAAGCGCGUAGUCCUCACCUCCUCGGCCGGCGCCCUAGUCCCUCAGCUCUGGGACACCACCGACAACCCCUCACAUCCCACCCCCCUCCCCAUCGCCUCCUUCACCCCCAACACGCCCCCUCCCCACCGCCCCCUCACCGGCCCGUUCUCCUGCACCAACGACGCCUACCACGUCACCAAAGCCCUGGCCCUGCAACUCACUCUCUCCUUCCUCGCCACCCACCGCCAAACCCUGCACUUUCCCAUCAUCAACAUCCUCCCCUCCUUCACCCUCGGCCCGCACCCCCUCGCCACCUCCGCCUCGGCCUACCUGCACACCACAAACUUCUUCAUUCUCGCCCCCCUGCUCGGCAUCGACCUGCCACACCCCCACAUCACCCCUGCCGCCAUCUGUCACGUCGCCGACGUGGCGCGCGUGCACGUCGCUGCCCUCGACGACGCGAUCGUGCAGGUGGCGAACGGCACGCACAGGAAUUUCGGCGUGAGCAAUGAUGUCUCCGAAGAAGUGGCGUUCGAGGACGCAAAGGAGAUCGUGAGGCGGCGGUUUCCGGAGAUGGUGGUGGGAGGGGAAGGGGGAGAGGCGGUGUUCUCUUGUAGGGGACGGGCGGAGACGGUGAGGUUGCCGUUUGAGGCGGGGGAGACGGUGCGUGUGUUUGGCGGGGGAUUGAGGGGGUUCGAGGAUUGUGUGGUGGAUGUGGUAAGGGGGUUUUUGGAGCUCAGGGGUGGCAGGGAGAUGGAGGUGUGA